AUGGUCAACAUCGGCAAGAAAAUUUACAACCUGCUGGCGCCAUCGGCGGAGAAGGGCGACGAUGGCCGUGACAUGUGGGGUUCUCGAACGUCCUUCAUCUUUGCGGCGAUGGGUGGCGCCGUUGGCCUUGGCAAUCUUCUUCGGUUCCCCUCCAUUGUCUUCAACAAUCACGGAUUGCAGUUUUUUAUCCCUUACCUUAUCUCACUUGCCUGCCUGGCCAUUCCGACGCUGCUUCUCGAAAUCAGCGUUGGCCAAGCCUACCGUAGCGGGUGCGUACUUGCCUGGCACCAUGUUCACAAGAGAGCAAAGGGCGUGGGCUUUGGCGUCGUAUAUAUCGGAUACGCUAUCGUCAUCUACUACGUCCCGAUCCUGGCGUGGAUCAUGACUUACUUUCGACACUCGUUUAUCAGUCCUAUGCCUUGGUCUGGUCGCAAUGAGGAGUUCUUCUAUGGGACCGUUCUCCAGGAUGUUCCAGGCGUCGAGGGCAACUUAACGGCUGACGGCAAUGCCGUCCAAGACUAUACCUAUUACCCGGGAAUGGGCAUGGUUACCGAGACGACAUUAUGGAAUCUGUUCACUUGGUUUGUUGUGUGGCUCUGUAUGUUCAAGGGCAUCGGUCUUACAGGACGCGUGGUCUACUUCACCAUGGCCGCACCCCUGGUCCUCAUGAUUGUUCUCAUCGGCCGCGGUUGCUCUCUUCCCAAUGCCAUAGAUGGCAUCCGCAUAUACUGGACGGAAUGGCACGGAGAGAAGCUUUCCUCUGGCACUAUCUGGCAAGAAGCAUGUGGUCAGGUAUUCUUCAGUACUGGGAUUGGUAUGGGCUAUUACACCAGCUACGCCUCUUACAACUCGAAAUAUUCCAACGCUGUUCAGGACUCGCUGAUCAUCUGCAUCUCGAACUCUCUUAUUGAAAUCAUUGGCUCCAUGUCCGUUUUCGGCGUUGUCGGCUACCUCGGCAUGCACCCCGAUAACAGCGAGAGGCUCAACACUUUCGUCGUCGGUUUCCUCACAUACCCUGAAGCUAUUUCCGAGAUGCCAGGUUCCAACUUCUGGGGCGUCCUCUUCUUUGCGACCCUUUUCAUCCUGGGUCUCGGCUCGGCUUUCGCGUUGCUCGAGACGUUGGUCACCAUGGUUUGCGACUCUGACUGGGGCAAGAAGUACUCUCGCCCUUGGGUCUCAACUAUCAUUGUCCUCGCGUCUUUCCUCAUUUCUCUGCCCUUCUGCACGGAAUUCGGAUACACUCUUGUGGACGCGGCAGACACCUGGAUCAACUACCUGGCUCUGUUCUGGAUCGUCUGGUGCGAAGCCGUUUGUGCCACGACACUGUAUCGAUACCGUGAUGUAGUUGACCAAUGUGGUCUCUUGUCUUGGUGCUUGUACAACGUUUUUGGUUACAUCGGAGGCAUGUUCAUCGGUCUCGUCGUGGCUCAUUCGGUCUCUGCUGCAGCUGGUGCAGGCGUUGGCUUCGGGAUGUUCAUCGUCGGGGCCGGUUCUUCGGUGCUACUCGCGUCCGACCCGACCGCCUACUGCCCCAACUUCUUUUGCAAGAACUCGUUGAUGAGACGCUUCUGGUACCUAACCUCCUAUUCGGGCAACCAAUUGCGCCGCGAUCUUAAUGCUACAAUUGCUACGGACGGGCAGUGGAGAAUCCCUGCCAUCUGGGCCUUUGUGCUGAAAUACAAUACGGCGCCGAUUGUUGCCAUCAUAUUCUCCUUCGCAUACCCGAACUUCUAUUCUGACAAGCGCUGGGACCCCCUUCAUAUCGCCGGCUUCACAUUCAUGCACAUCGUGCUCGCCGCUUCACUCGUUGGCCUCGUCAUGCCGCGCUGGUUUAACGUCCUCGUCCCCGAGCAUAAGAAAACCGAAGGCGACUACCCCGUCAUGCCUGGCACUAUCUUUUCGAGGGCGAACGCGGCCGGUACGCUGGAUAUCGAUGGCGUGCCGCAGACGGAGGAUCUUGCUAUUGACGCUCGUGCGGCGAGCACCGAGGAGACCUGGACACAGGACAGGAGCUCGUCACGGGAGAAAGUUACCGAUGAACGCCAAAAGGACGGCAUGUAG